AUGACAGGAUCAGAUGAAGAAUUUGAAAUAGGUGACAUACUGGAUGUUAAAAGAAAAAAAAAUGGCUUCAUAUACUUAGUAAAAUGGAAAGGUUAUUCAGAUGAUGAAAAUACCUGGGAGCCCGAAAGUAACUUAUUGCAUUUAACUGAUUUUAAAAAAAAAAUGGAAUAUUUAAAAUCAAUCUAUUUAAAUAAAAUUGAUAGAACGAGUAGCGACAGCAAAAUUAUGAAAAAAAGCAAUGUACAGUUAUUUGGCCAAGAUGAUAUGGGGAAUACUCUAAUAAAAUCAAAAGGUAGAACAACAUUAAUUUCAAGAAAGAGGGGUCAUAAAAGAGGAAUGAGAAAUAGAAUGAGAAAUAGAAUAGGGAACAAGAGCAGCGCAUCGUCAGUUACAGAUGGUUCUUUAAAGAAAAGCGAUGACGAUGAUAAUCAGUCAGUAAAAAAAGAAAGUACAAAUAAUUAUAAUAAUACAUUAUUAAAUAUUGAAGAUGUAUAUAGUGUAAGAAUUAAAAAUAGGAAGAUGGAAUUUUUGGCUAGCUUAAAAAAUGCAUCACCACAGUGGGUAGAAGAAUCAAAUAUUCGAAGUACAGGGCAUUUAAAUAUAAAAGUUAACGAUUUUAAAAAAUAUAUUAAGAGAAAAAAAACAUCUAAAGGAAGUAGAAUUGUUAUUAAAAAUUUACAUAAUGUUGGGGAUGAAUUAUAUAUAUCAGUUAUACAUAACAUAAAUAAUAAAGAAAUUCAUAGUUUAUAUCCAUCAAAAGUUAUUGAAUAUAUAUACCCUCAAGAACUUUUAAACUUUCUUUUAUCAAGACUUAGAUAUAGAACGGUUUAA